AAACUUCUAACAUGUCUGAAGAAACUGCAGUGGAGAAAAUGGAUUCUGGUAAGCAUCCUUCCGAAGAGAGCACCAUGCCAUUAGAAGCUAAACGCCCUCGCAACUCUGAGAAUGUGGAGCCGACAUCACCAACUUCUGAAAAGAAAGCAGAGGCUGGAAAACUCUGGGGUGGUAGAUUUUCUGGGAAAAUUGAUCCUAUCAUGGAAAAGUUCAAUGCUUCUAUUAGUUAUGAUAAACGAAUGUGGGAAGAGGACCUUCAGGGCAGUGUGGCUUAUGCGAAGGCCAUCCAGAGAAUUGGACUGCUUUCUGAAAAAGAAUGUGAUCUCAUCGUUGAAGGACUUCACAAGAUUCUUGUUGAAUGGAGAGAAAAGAAAUUUGAACUGCAUCCCUCUGACGAAGACAUACAUACGGCAAAUGAACGUCGCUUGAAGGAGCUUAUCGGUGAAGUUGGUGGGAAGUUACAUACAGGUCGAAGCCGAAACGACCAAGUUGCCACUGAUCUUAGACUCUGGAUGAAAAAGGCCAUCAAGCAACAAAGGAAAUACUUAAAACAACUCAUUACAAUCUUCCUUGAUCGUGCUGAAAGGGAAAUUGAUGUCCUUAUGCCUGGCUACACUCAUUUGCAGAGAGCCCAGCCUAUUCGAUGGAGCCAGUGGUUACUAAGUUUUACCUGGAUGUUGCAACGAGAUGUCGAUCGUUUUCUGCAACUGUAUAAACGAGUUGACAAGCUACCUUUGGGCAGUGGUGCCAUUGCUGGACAUCCAUUUGGUGUUGACCGAGACUUUUUGGCUAAAGAAUUGGGCUUCUCCGACAUUACCGGGAACAGCUGUGAUGCUGUAAGUGAUCGGGAUUUUGUAAUUGAGUUUAUGUUCACAUCGUCCCUCAUAUCAACUCACCUCAGCCGUUGGGCCGAAGAUCUGAUAAUCUACUGCACUAAAGAGUUUAAUUUCAUCUCCUUGUCCGAUGCUUACAGUACCGGAAGCAGUUUGAUGCCACAGAAGAAGAAUGCUGACAGUCUGGAAUUGAUACGUGGCAAAUCUGGCAGAAUCUUUGGCUAUUAUUCCGGUUUCAUGAUGACGAUGAAGGGAACACCAAGUACCUACAACAAAGAUUUCCAGGAAGACAAAGAAGCAGUGUUUGAAGUUCACGACACCAUGAGUGGGUUACUUCAGGUGGCCGCUGGGGUACUGCAAACCCUCACCAUCAAUACUGACAAGAUGGAAGCAGCUCUGAGUCCAGACAUGUUGGCUACAGACCUUGCCUACUACUUAGUCAGGAAAGGGAUCCCGUUCCGUGAGGCUCAUUCCCUCUCCGGGAAGUGUGUGUCUAUGGCUGAAGAGAAGCAGCUCCCGCUUUCCUCUCUAACUCUCAAAGAUCUUAAAACCGUAAGUUCUUCUUUCGACUCUGAUGUGCAGAACGUGUGGGACUAUAAACACAGCGUGGAGCAGUACAAGAGCCAUGGAGGAACAAGCUGGGAAAGUGUCUCAUGGCAAAUUAAACAACUCCGCCUUUGGCUGAUGAAAGUUUAAAGUUCUUGAACUCACCCUGUGCUCUCUCCCACCCCCAACUCCUUCUCCUUCAUUUUAAAUUCGUCCAUAAAAGUUUUGUCAAAAUUCAUUAUGAAAAACGUUUAGAAUUAUUAUUUUUUUUUGUAAAUUACAAAUUAAGAGUAAAUUUUUAAAUUCAUUAUACUGUCCUUGCAAAAAAAAAAAUCUUCCAUAAAUAUAAUUUUUUUUUCCUUUGAAAAUAUUCGAGAGAAAUAAAGUAUUUUGUAGCUCUA